ACCAAUAAAGACUAGAUGGAACCAAGGAACAAUGUGACUUACUUUGUCCUCUUGGGCCUCACACAGGAUCCAAAGGAGCAGAAAGUCCUCUUUGUUAUGUUCUUGAUGUUGUACGUUUUGACCCUGGUGGGAAACAUUCUCAUUGUUGUGACUGUGACUGUCAGUAAGAACCUGGACUCCCCAGUGUACUUUUUUCUUGCUAGCCUGUCGAUUAUGGAUGUCAUGUAUUCCUCUUCCAUUAGCCCCAGAUUGAUUUCAGACUUGUUCUUUGGGGAAAAUACCAUAUCCUUCCAAUCUUGCAUGACGCAGCUCUUUACAGAGCAUUUUUCUGCUGGAUCAGGGGUCUUUCUUCUGUUGGUGAUGGCCUAUGACCACUAUGUGGCCAUCUGUAAGCCCUUGCAUUAUUUGGUCAUCAUGAGGCAAUGGGUGUGUGUUGUGCUGCUAGUAGCGUGUUGGAUUGGAGGUUUUCUGCACUCGGUAAUUCAACUCGCCACUAUUUAUGGGUUCCCGUUUUGUGGCCCUAAUGUCAUUGAUCACUUUAUGUGUGACAUGUACCCCUUAUUGAAACUUGUCUGUACUGAUGCCAAUGUCACUGGCCUUUUAGUUACAGCCAAUGGAGGACUGAUCUGCACUAUUGUGUUUCUGCUCUUACUCAUCUCUUAUGGUGUGCUCUUGCACUCUCUAAAGAACCUUAGUCAGGAAGGGAGGCGGAAAGCCCUCCAGACCUGUGAUUCCCACAUCACUGUGGUGGUCUUCUUCUUUGUUCCGUGUAUUUUCAUAAAUGCAAGACCUGCUAAGACCUUCUACAUUGACAAAUCAUUGAGUGUGUUUUACACAGUCAUAACGCCCAUGCUGAGCCCAUUAAUCUACACGCUGAGAAAUUCAGAGAUGACAAAUGCUAUGAAGAAGCUCUGGAAAAGAAAUGUCGUAUCUUAUAGGAAACAAGCACUUCGCUUACCAUGA